UCUGUGAAGCCCUCUUGAUCGUCAUCGUCGUCUUCAUGCCCAGCCCACUAUCGCAGAAGUCGCAUGGUCCUUCUACGCCGCACGAUGAACUAACUAGUUGGAGAUGUAAGAAACAAAAUCAGUUCUUUGCGAAAUUCUUACAAGAUUUGUUUAAGACAACCUAAUUGGGGAGAUUGGAUUCCGCGCCAACAUUGAGAAACGCUUUAAUGGCGAUCAUUUGAUGUGAAAUGUUAGUUUUUAGGUCAAAUUCGUGUUAUUCCCACUGACAAGGGCCCUCUUCCAAAACCCUAGGAGAGAGAAAAUUCAGGGAUAGACGCCUUCAAGUUGUCACUAGCAGUGCCCAGGCUUCCAAUUUCGCGACUCUUGUGUAUUCCCGGAUUCAGUAAUAGAUGGAAGGUGAAGCUUAUGGACAAUAGCGGUGGGAAUGCAUGGAUGUAACUCAGGCCCCACAUUCCUUGUAAAUGCUGAGGUUGAUUCCAUGGGAGGAGUUGUUGACUGCAGAACUGGUAAAGGUUUGAAAACUUCUCACCAAGCAGCAGUUGAGAAAGCUCAAGCAGAACUCAGACAGGAGUGUGAUGUCCGUGAGGAAAGAAGAAGGGAGCUAGAAUUUCUUGAAAAAGGUGGAAAUCCCCUGGACUUCAAGUUUGGGAAUGCUGCUUCAGUUAGCGUCCAGUCUACUUCACUCACUGACCAACGUCAUGAGCAAUUCGUGACAAGUGAAGCAAAAGGUAGUUUUGCAUUGGCUGCCUCCCCUCAUGGUGACUCAGUUGAUAGCAGUGCUAGACCAGUGGCUCCUUUGAUUAAUGAACCUAAUACUGCUGAUAAUCUCUUACUUUUUGAUCGAGAGAAUGCGUCAACUGAAAGUAAACGGAGGACUCUACAUUUGAAUAGAAGGAAUCAUGUUGCCCCAUCGGAACACUCUUCUAAAAUUGGGGGGAGUCAAAAUGCUAAGGAGUCAGAAGAUUCUGCUAUUUUCCGCCCUUAUGCUCGAAGGAAUAGGUCCCGACCAAAUCAUGGUCCUCGCGGGGCUUCAAGAGAUGGGAAGGGGUUAACAUCUGAGGCAAACAGCCAAAAAGUUCACAACUUGUCUUCUGCUUCCAAGCCAAAGCCUGCUAGUUUAAAUGGUGAUGUGGUUUCUAAGGAUUUGGAAAAUGACUUGGAUCAUGUACGAACAAAUCAAACAGGUAAUAGCAGCAUUAGUGUUAAGGAAGAUAAAUGUGUUUUACCUUCUCAAGAUGAUACUGCACAAAACUCAGUUGUUGUGGCUUCAAGGGAGGCUAAUGUGGUUGAGUCCAAGGAACUGGCAGUUUCAGAUGACCAUGAGCCUCCCCCUUUCACUGAUACUACAAAAUGUCAGAAUGAAAUUUGUUCUGGUCAACCCAAUGGCUUUGGCAACAUAAAAGUAGAUCGGACAAGUGUACUAGGCAUGAAAAAUUUUGAUUCAGAGUCUUCUUGCACCCAAACAUGCCUAGUUAGAUAUGUAAAUAAUGAUAAUGACAUACAUACUGGUAUAAAGAAUGUUGAUGCUGAUGGAAGUGAUGUAAAUCAGGCAGCAGAAUUUGAGAAGAAACUAAAUUUAACUCUUGAAGUUGUAAAAGAAAAUAACAAGACCAACAAUGGUGAAAGUAAUGCUAUUGCUAGCUAUAAUCAUGAUGCUGGUUGUCAAAACCAUUGUGGUACUAUUAAUAUCGUUAAGGAUGAGGAAGAUGUGCAUGUUAGCAGUAAUGAUUCUUGCAAUAGAAAGGAAGUGCAGCAUGAUGCUAAUACUACAUCAAAGACUGAUAAAGGAAGUGGUGUCAUGGUGGAUCAUUGUUGCUCCAUCAAAGACAGUGGCUGUGUAAGACAUUCUGGUCCUAUGGGUGUGUCAAUUUCAGAACCUCAGGCUGCUCUGGCAGAAAAGGCUAAUGGUGCUGCCUCUGACUGUGGACCAUGUUCUAGUCACUUGAAGUCGGCAGACAAGGCCAAUGAAGAUUUUAUUUUGGAAGAGGCUCGGAUCAUAGAGGCCAAGCGCAGGAGGAUUGCAGAAUUAUCAAUUCAGAAAUUGCCUUCAGAAAACCAGAAAAUAUCUCAUUGGGGUUUUGUCCUUGAGGAAAUGGCAUGGUUGGCAAAUGAUUUUGCACAGGAGCGUCUUUGGAAGACAACUGUUGCUGCCCAAUUGUGUCGUCAAGCUGUUUUUACAUAUCAAAUAAGAUAUGGCAAACAAAACAAACCUUGGGAGUCAACAAAUUUGGCUCACAGCAUGGCAAAGGCUGUCAUGAAGUUUUGGCAUUCGGUUGAGCACUUUGUGGAUAAUGAUGAUCCUAGCUAUAAAGACAUGGGUUCUUCACUGGAAUCUGGGAAAGUUUAUUCAAAUGAAGCUUCUAGUGACAAGAACAGAGAUUCCAACGUGAUGCUGGAGACAAGCAAAGGCUUGGAGGGACAAUCUCCCAGAAAAAUUGUGGCACUUAAAUUGCAAGCAUAUGCUUUGAGAUUUUUGAAGUAUAACAGCUCCCUUGGAAUUUCCUCUCAAACAGACUCAAUGAAGACACCUGAAAGGAUGUCAGUAUCUGGCGACAUGGACAUGUCAUGGGAAGAGCUUCUUACUGAAGAAAAUCUUUUCUAUACAGUUCCUCCUAUGGCAAUUCAUGCAUAUAGAAAAUCUGUUGAAUACCAUUUUCUACAGUUCGAGAGAACUGGGAGUGGCAUUCAAGAGGAAGUUGAGACAUCUUUGUAUGAUCCUGCAGCAGAGGCUGGUUCUGAAGAGAUUGCAUGUUAUGAGGAUGAAGGAGAGACCUGCACUUAUUACUUGCAUGCGCAGAAGAAAAAUAGAAAUAUGAAGUCUCAUGCUCCAGGGUCCUGUGAUAAGUAUACUGUUGGAACUCAGCCAUCCACGCUAUUUGGAAGAAGGCCUGGUAGUUUAAAUGUUGGGUCAGUACCAACAAAACGAAAACGCAAGCGUAUGGUUUCUAGGCAGAGAGUUGUGAAUCCUUUCAUGGUCACUGGGACCAUGCAGGCUCUAACUAAGGCAGAUGCUUCAAGCGGAGAUACCAGUUCCUUUCAGGAUGACCAGAGUACUUUACAUAGCGGAUUGCAGAUCCUGAAAAGUAUGGAUGUGAGUGUUGAAGACCUAGAGAAGCAGUUACCUUCUGAUUGUGUAGAAAUAUCUUUUAAACCAAAGAAGAAGGCAAAGAAUCUGGUUUCUGCAUAUGAUCAGAGAUGGCAGUUGGAUUCUGUUGUUCUAAAUGAACAGAGGGAUCUUUCCAAGAAGAGAUUGGAUGAUCAUCAUUUUGAAUCUAAUGGUUUGUAUAGACAACAUAAUGCCAAGAAGCCAAAGAUAGCUAAGCAAUCAUUUGAUAACACUUUUGACAAUAUUAGUCCAAUGGCUAAUUCUAUUCCCUCCCCUGCUGCAUCACAAAUGAGUAACAUGUCCAAUCUCAGUAAAUCUAUUAAAAUCAUAACGGGCCGGAAAGCUAAAACUUUGAAGAUAUCUGCUGGACAGUUAGGUUCUGGAGGUCCUUGGUCGCUGUUUGAAGACCAGGCCCUUGUUGUGUUGGUGCAUGAUAUGGGUCCAAACUGGGAGCUUGUGAGUGAUGCAAUCAAUAGUACACUCCAGUUCAAGUAUAUCUUUCGGGAACCAAAAGAGUGCAAAGAGCGUCAUAGGGUCUUAAUGGAUAAAAGUGCUGGGGAUGGUGCAGAUAGUGCUGAAGAUUCAGGGUCUUCUCAGUCUUAUCCAUACACAUUACCUGGAAUUCCAAAGGGCAGUGCUAGACAGUUGUUUCAGCGUUUGCAAGGGCCUAUGGAGGAGGACACCAUCAAGUCUCAUUUUGAGAAAAUUAUUAAGAUUGGACAAAAAUACCACCUGAAUCAGAAUGAUAAUCAGGAUGUAAAACAAAUAACGAGUGUCCAUAACUCACAUGUCAUUGCUCUUUCCCAAGUCUUCCCAAACAACCUGAAUGGAGGUCUUUUAACGCCGCUUGAUCUUUGUGACAUAAAUGCACCAGCAGCAGACUCCCUUUCCCUUGGGUAUCAAGGUUCUUAUGGUGGUGGUGGUUUGCUACUACCAAAUCAAGGUUCUGUGAUGUCAGCACUUCCUACAUCAGGGGCAAGUCCUGCACUUUCAGGGUCUUCUGGUAUGGUUCCUGGUAAUAAUUUGUCUUCACCAUCUGGUCCAGCUGCUGCUUCUGCUAGAUAUGGGGUUCCAAGAACUUCACCUUUGUCAUUUGAUGAGCAGCAAAGAAUUCAACAAUAUAAUCAAAUGUUGUCUGGCCGAAAUAUUCGGCAGCCUAGCAUGUCUAUUCCUGGAUCUCUUUCUGUAAGUGAACGUAGUGUGCACAUGUUUCCUAGUGGAAAUGGCGUGGGUGUGAUUGGUGGGAUUAAUAGAAAUAUGGGACUGUCAAGAUCAGGGUUUCAAGGAAUGGCAUCAUCGCCUAUGGUGAGUUCUGGGAGCAUGCUUGCCUCUAAUAUGACGGGGAUGCCAAGCCCUGUAAACAAACACUCUGGAGUUAAUUCUGGACAAGGCAAUUCGAUGCUGAGACCUCAUGAGACACAUAUGAUAAGGCCUGGACAUAAUCCAGAACAUCAAAGGCAAGUGGUGAUUCCAGAGAUUCAGAUGCAGGUCACUCAAGGGAAUAGCCAAGGUAUUUCAGCUUUCAGUGGGUUGAGUUCUUCCUUUAGUAAUCAGACUGCUCCAACACCUGCUCAGCCAUACCCAGGGCAAGUUCAGCAGCCACAUCAGUUGUCCCAACAACAGUCACAUCUUAGCAGUCCUCAUUCUCAUCCUCAAGGUCCAAACCAUUCUGCUCAUCCGCAGCAGCAAGCCUAUGCAAUGCGACUGGCAAAGGAAAGACAGUUACAUCAGCAGCGAUAUCCUCAGCAGCAGCAACAGUUUACUGCACCAAAUGCUCUGAGGCCACAUGCUCAGGCACAGUCUGAACUUCCCAUGUCAUCAUCUCUGCAAAAUAAUACCCCCGUCCAGUCUCAAAAUUCAUCUCAACAAGUGAUUCAUUCUCCAGUGACGCCUUCAUCCCCUUUGACUCCCAUGUCAUCUCUGCACCAACAGCAGAAACAUCACAUGGCACAUGGAUUCAGCAGGAAUCCUGGUGCUAGUGGAUUGAACAAUCAAGCAGUGAAGCAAAGGCAACGGCCACCUCAGCAGCAGCAGCAUCAACAAUCUGGUAGGCAGCAUCCUAAUCAGCGGCAGCAUCCACCGUCUCAACAGCAGGCUAAACUUGUGAAAGGCAUAGGAAGAGGAAGCAUCUCAGUCCAACAGAAUAUCUCUAUAGAUUCUUCUCAUGUCAGUGGAUUAUCUGUGCCUCCAACAAGUCAAACUGCUGACAAAGGGGACCAAAUUACACACAUGAUACGAGUUCAACACAUAAAGCCUGUUUCUAACUUAAAUCCUACUCAACCGUCAAAGCCAUUGGGUCCUGCUCUUUCUUCAAAUCAUUCCCAGUUACAGCAGAACUUAAAUUCAGGACCAACAAACACUUCAUCAAAGCAACUUCAGCCAAUGGCAUCACCUGAUAAUAGUACUCAAGGCCAGGUUCCACCAGUCCGAUCAGGUCAUGUAAUUUCAUCUCCAAAGACAGCUGUCUCAUCAGCUGUUCUUUCUUCUGCUGAUAAGCCCCAGCGUCAGCAACAAUCUCAGCUACAAUCUAAUAAAAUGAAUCAAACUCAAAAUGCGCAGAGAAUGUUGCAACGGACUUGUCAAUUGCAUUGUGAGUCAUCAAGCAAGCCUCAACCUGACUCAACUCAGGCGGAUCAGCCUGCUGAAAUUAAUGCUUCUCAGAUUAGUAAAGGCACUGCUGUGACUCAUGGUUGUGUUGAUUCUUCUAGUGUGGUAACAGUUAUUCCCACCAUGACUUCUCAGCGGAGAAACUCAGAAGCGCCAUUUGAUUCCCAUGUUCCAACUCCUGCCACUCAAGUGGGUUCCUUGGGGAAAGCACCUGUUAGAAAUUCAGUGGGAAAUGGGCCACAACCGACUAUCAGUCAAGGGCAAGGGCCUAGGCAGUUGUCAUUUGUCAUGCCUCAUGUACAUAAUUCAGUUGCACAGCGGCGGCAACAGCCACUGCCUAUUCAACAAUCGUCAUCACAACCUAUUCUAUCCCAACAACCACAUGAGCCCCACAAACAGCAUCAACGGGACCAAGAUUAACAUUCACCUAAACAUGUGACUUUGCAACAUCAACCUCAGUAAUAAUUGCAGCAUCUUCAGCCAGGGCGGAAUAUUUUUUUUGUCUGUCCUCAUUCUAAAUGGGAAUGAUACAAUCAAAUGGACACAGCAACCACCCUGCAAGUUGAUUGUCAGGAUUGGAAUUUUUAUGCCCUCUUGGCAGCUAUUUUCAGAGGCUUGAUACAAGACAUUUAACUACAAUAACUACAGUGAUAUUACAGCACUAUACACAUCAGGCAUACAGUCAACAAAAUUUUGGUGUAGAUAAAGUAUCCUCAAUGGUCAUAUCAGCACUUAAAAUAUGACCCUUUUCCACAUGGCGACAAUGGUGGCUAUUGUCAAAUUUGUUUCGACAUUGAGGUCUUGUUUUGAUGAGAAUCAGCAGCCUGGCUCCAGUUAGACCUAUCAAGCUGGUGAAUAUGGAAACAGAUACACGUUGAUUCCUGCUGGUCUUGUUGAAAAAUCAACUGAAGUAGUGUUGGCAGGCAUUAUUGGUUAUUUUAUGUGUCAUUCUGAUCUUGUAUAUUACCACCUUCCUUAAAGGGCCCCCUUUUUUUAGGGGAAAGACGAAUAUAGAGGUUUGUGCAGGAUCGUCUCUCCUGGCCCUUGUGUAGAGAGGAACACAAUUCCUUUUUUCUUUUGGUAGAUUAGUUGUAUAUUGUUAUCCUUUUAGUUAAUUGGGAUAGCAAUCAUUUUUAUGGGCGAAAGCCGAUUCGAUUCAAAUAUUUGUGAAUACAAGUUUUUGCACCAGGCAAUGCAAUCUUUUUUUUUUCCCUGUA